GCAAAAUUUACAUCCAUCCCGCGUAAAGUUUGUAAACCCAAGCCGAGAGGUAAUUCGAUACAAACUAUCAACAAAUUAUUUCUACAUUGCGCCUUGCAGCGAGUAGAUAUGAUAGAUAAUGAAAACAUGAAUGGUUCAAAUAUGAAAAAAGUGAGCUGUGUUCAAUGAACCUAAAAGCAUGCAGCGCAGGGACCAUGUGUUCAUACGUUCUGCUUAUUAUUCUCAUACGGUUCGUUACAUUUCGAAUGUUUCAACAAAGCAAACACUGCACAAAACAAUUAACCAUGCUCCAACCUUUUAAUUAAAAACUCAGUGAAGUAAAGAGAAAAAAUUUGACACAUUUCAAAGCUUGCUAGAGAAGAAAAAUCUGGAGUUUAGAAAGAACAAGCAAAUUAUAGAGAAUAAUCAUCACGCAAUUUGACAAUAUGCGGACGACAUGCAUACUGAUUUCUCUCCUUGUAAUGCUCUUCUUCGUUUACACUAAACCCUUGAAUGCAGAAAGAAUGAGAAGUAGUCACCUAUUAAAACGUUCAAUUGACAUUAAAAAAGGUUUCAAAAGCAAACAUAAAAUUGCUAUUGAUAGUGCAGUUGACGAUAUAAAAGAAUCCACAGCAUUUGCUGAUCGAGAGAAAAAAUGGAAAUCCAUGUUGGAGGGGGAAAUGUUUCCAGAACACAUGCAGAGCAAAUCAAAACGAAUUGAAGUUGAAAGAAAUCCCAAAAAUGAGGAAAACAACGAAGAUGACGACGCGGAAAAUAAUUCUCCAGAACCUGUCGUUGGUGAGAAGAAAAAUAGAAUUGAAAACCAUGAUAUUGUACAUGAUGAAAACCUUGCAGAAUCAUUUGGAGCUGAAGGAUAUGACGACAGUAACCAAGACAACGAUGGCGAUGACGAUUCAAAUAAUGACUCUGCAUCAGAUGAUCAAGAAGAGGAUAGCGAAAGCGGUUCUGGUGAUGCUGAAUCGGGCGAAGCAGAAAAUAAUGAUAAUACCAACAACGACGACACUGCUCAACCAGACAAGGAACCAGAUGAGUCAUCGACAGGUGACAGAAGACAAGAAGGCAAAAUUCAAUGCCAUAAAAAAUGCUCCAUGCCAAUGACUUAUCAUGAAUGUGCACAUCCUAGAUGUAGCUUGAAAGUGGGUACAAUAAAAGACCUUUGUUUUUAUCUUUGCAAACAUCAAAAAGAAAGAUGCGAAGACGUUUGUGAAUAAGUAGCGUAGCACCACAGCUGAUAAAUAAGAUGCAACUCUAAAUAGGAUAGAUCACAUCUAAUGAAAGAUGCUGACCAAUUUAGGCAUUAGUAAAAGAUGAGGAGCUUUCUUCUCCUACCUAUAGGCAGAAAGAGUGACAUUCAUGUGAAAUUAUUUUUCUAAUGAAAAUGAUCAGCACGUUAUAAUUCAAACAACCCGCAUAUACACAUAUGUUGCAAGACAUUAUUGACUAAGUGUAAAUAGCCACAUUGGCAAUACCAGAUUGCCAUACUGGCAAUACGAGAUUGCCAUUGUAAUAAGUAUGAUUGAGCAUUCAAUUUAAGAUGCAGAACAGUUCACUUACAUAUGAUUUUUUGCAGGUAAUUUGGAGGAAAGAAAAAACGAUGACCCACUAUAGAUAUAUUAGUUUAUAACGAAGUACUAGUAUUUAUUAUGUGUAAAUACAAAUAAUUAGUUUUUGUACCUUGUUACAAAAAUGUAAAUAGCUAACCUAAUGUUCUUGCGUAUUUAAGAUUCUUAAAACAAUAUUUAAUGCAAGUAUAUAGUUUAAAAAAUCAACUUUAAA